AUGCGCGAGGCGACGUUGCUCGCGUUUUAUCGCGACACCCUCGUCCCGAGUCGAGACGAGCGACGACGGGCGCACGAGAGCGCGUUGGAGGAUGUAGAGCAGUGGUGUGAAUUCGCGAAACAGCUCGAGACUUUGAUGCAGAGGGACGACCCCGAGGGCGCGUUCGAGGCGCUGGUGGACCUGGGCGGGGAGGUCAAGGCGCGCGCGCGAGUGCCGAGCGCGGAGACGGUGUUCGUGGACGUUGGGUUGGGAUUCAUGGCGGAGAUGACUUUGGCGGAGGCGACGCGCAGGGCGGCGGACGCGAAGGCGACGUGCGAGACAGAGGCGAGAGCGUGUUUGGAGGCGCUGGAGAAGGCGGAGCGCGCGUGCGCGGAGUUCGAGAGUGGAUUGAGGCAGUUGAUGGGUUUGGGGUGA